AUGACUUCCAGGGCAAGAACUCCCAGCGCGUCCUGGUUCCGGGCGCGCUUCAACCCAGGCGGGCCGAAGCCCGUGCGAAAUCAUGAUCAUCUUCGAGGCUUCCCAUGGCUGGAGGGGCGCGCACGCGCUGAAGCCGAUGGGGGUAACAUGUUCAUCGACUUGUCCAUUCAGGCAUGCUGCGCCCUCCACGCCCACCUGGCCACGUUCACGUUCCACCACCCUGAGGACUUCGGUCGCACCACGAACGGCCAUAUGCCGGCGCCCGUCUGGAGCUUGCCAAAAAUACGCGCCCUGAGCCAGGCCACGUCCGCCGCAACCGCUGCUUUCUACCAGUGCGACCCUGAGUUCAUUGGCCAGUGCGCCGUCGAUUUCCCCAAACCGACUUGCUUGCUGAGCACGGCGGCCGCAUUGAUCGACGCCGCGUUUAUCGGGUGGCCUUCGUUCGACGACGAACGGGUGCACCGAGGGCCACUUCCUGCCUCCUGCGGGCACCGGCACACGACGUCCAUCAUCUGCGGCACGAGGCGCACGGCCGACUACCCCAUCGACGUUUGCAGGUUCUUGUCCAAGAUUAUGUUGAGCGGCCCAGGGCAUCGCCCUUCGGGGCGUAAAUCUCCACCAGCGCUGCCCAAACCGCUUCCUGUGCUGGAUGCAACUCGUUCUGUACGCGGCGCUGCUGGCCGCGCCAUUGGCGAGGACGACUACAUCGACCGCGCCAGGGACCCCGAGGGGACGCCCAAGGAGGCCGUCGACAUCGACGACAGGAACGACUGCACGUCUGCCGUAUCUUGCCGGACAUCUCCUCUGGGCUUCGCGCGCGGGCCCGUGCCCCUGCCGCAGAAGCACUCUGACGACAUCACAUCCAUUGUGGCGCGCCUCACCCCAGAUACCCAUUUCGGCUUCCAGGAGGGGGGCAAGGCCAUCAAGCUGGGGCUUAUCAGAGGAUCGGGCGACGAGCUCAUCGUCUACGACGGCACCGACAUGGACCCGAAUCUUGCCGCGGCGCUGAACUCGCUCGUGCGGAAGGCCGUCGAGAGGCUCGGCUGUCGUUUCCUGUGGUCCACCCUCCAGCUGAACCUCGGGACCUCUGCGGACUGGCACUCGGGCGACGGUGCUGGCGCGAUUCGUGCAUUUGGUUUCGGGCACUACGAAGGAGGCCAACUCGAAGUUCGAGGUCGACCUCAAUUCGACCUCCAGUGCAGGGCCGUGCUAUUCGACGGCGGAUUGCAGCACCGAUCGCUGCCAUUCGAGGGGCGUCGCUGUCUGGUUCUCGCGACACUCUCUCCUGGCAUGGCCACGGUUCCGCCGCACCUGGUCGACCGUCUGGCCAUGCUGGGCUUCCCGCGGGCCGGCGACCGGGGCGACGACACGAGCAGCGGAAACGAAGAUGGGCACAAGAGGGUGAGGCCGGCCUCGCCCGGAGUGGUGCCGCUGGCCCUGGCCGCUGGCUUGCGCGCUGUGGCACGCUGA